CACCUUCGCGUGCUCUGUACUUUAGUCUUUAGUUCCGGUUCGAUGCACCAUGCGCAUGCGUCCGGUAUGGUGCGAGAUGGUUCUUGCUCUCCCAACAUUGUUUUUAGUUAGUUCUUUUUCUUAGUCCCAACAAUAACCUCAUGGAAUUAAAUCAGUGUGAAACGUAACUAUGAGUUCGGUUGUGGGUCUGCAGUAGUCCUAGUGACACGGUUAUAGUACAGCUUGUGGUGCCGAAACCCGGGAGGACGUCAGGGAUACCAGCUGGGUUGCUGGUUGGCGUCGUGGUUGAUUGUACUGUCGCGUGUGGACUCGUGGGGAAACUGAAUUUUCCGAUCUAAGUACGAUGUCGAAAGCUGAAGGAUACCUGCGACCCUACCGGGGAAAGGUCGAUGAUUUCCAGACGUUCUGGGCGAAAUUUGACGUGCUGGCGACAAUCAACAAGUGGGACUCGGACGAGAAGAAAAUGGCCCAGUUACCCUUGUUUCUGGAGCAGGAUGCGUUCCUGGUGUUCAGCCGAAUGAAGUCGGAUGACAAGAAGAAGCCUGACGCCGUCCAGAAGAAAAUGGAAGAGGCGUUUUGUAUGACGAAGUCGGAAGCCUACCGGCGGUUCAAGGCCCGACGCAUGAGACAAGAGGAGUCACCAGAUGCCUAUGUUGCCGAUUUGCAGCGCCUCGCCAGUUUGGCCGGCGAUGCGUCGCCUGGGGAUGACAAAAAUCACUCCGUUGUUGAGCAGUUUCUUGACGGGCUUCCACAUGCGUGGGCAAAGCAGGUUAGGUUGUCACUUGUGGGAAAGGACCAGACUGUGAGCGCCUGCUUAGAAUUAGUCCGUGCUGUUCAGCUUAGUGAUGGCGAUUCUGUGACAGCUGCAGUAGGUACAGGUGCUGGAACUGGUAGUUUGGCUGGUGGAGCACGUGGCGACAAGACCAGCAGGAAGUCUUUCUUGUGCUACCUCUGCAAUGAGGUCGGCCACAUGAAGCGAGAUUGCCCAAGGAGGAAGCAGGGGCAGCAGAGUGGGUCCAGCUCCAAGGAUGGUGGAGGCCGUGGCAGUACGUGCUACUUCUGUGACAGGCCUGGUCACAGGAAGCCAGACUGUCCGGACCGGAAAGCUUGGCUGGCGAGCCGGCAAGGCGGGAGUGCUGCAGCAGCAGCUGGAGAGGAGCCUAGUCCAGCCUUGGCCUCUGUGUCUGUGCCUUCGCCAGGGCAGCUGCCUAGGAUCAAGGUAGACAUGUGGACAACGGGCAACAAGGAUGAUGUGUCACGUAUGACAGCAGUCAUUGACACUGGUGCUGUCCGAUCACUGCUGACUAAGGACCAAGCCCUGUCCUGUGGCCUUGCGUGGUCAGAGUGUGAAAGCAGACUCGUGGCGCUGGAUGGCCAGUCUAUUGCUGUUCUUGGGAAAGUGGCCGUCAACAUUGGACGAUUGGAUGGCCCUAUCCCAGUGCAGAUGCCAGAAGCCAGUGUGGAGCUGUUAGUCGUCAACGAUCUGAGUGUCGUACACGCCGAUUUGUUGAUCGGUUGUGAUGUAGCGAGCAGCUGUGGUGGCCUACAUCUUGAGUAUGCCAAUGAUGGCCGGCUGGAGAGUGUGAGGUUUGGGCCAGUGUCAAGUCCUGUGUCUGCUGCACUUCCUCAGGACGGUCACCCUUCCCGCCACGUGCAAGUGAGCCGUCAUGGACAAGGUGUCACGUUGUCGGCACGUGAUGGAGAGGUCCAAUGGUGUCAUGAAACCAAGCGUUGGAUUCUCCGCUGGAAGUGGAAAAGUGGUGCAGCCCCUGAGGUUCCAGUGGGCUCUGGCAUCGGCCAGUACUCCAGGGAGAAACUGAGCCCAGAGCAGGAGAAGUUGUUCUGCAAGGAAGUCGACGCUUGGAUCGCUAAUGGUUGGCUUGUGCCGCACGAUGAAGCCACACAUGGAGCAGUGGCUGGUGUGCUUCCGUUGAUUGCUCGCACCCAAGAGCAUAAAGCAUCCACCCCGAUCAGACCAUGCCUGGAUUAUCGUAAGCUUAAUGAGCUCAUUGAGUCUGAGCCUGGCUAUGAAGCCCCCGUGUGCGCCGAGAAGAUCAGGCAGUGGAGACGCAGCAGUGAUGGUCAGUGGGAGAUGCUAGACGUGAAGAAAGCAUAUCUCCAGGUGCAUGUCAGUGCUGAGCUAGUGCGCUACCAGGCCGUUCUCUGGAACAACAAGGUGUACGUGAUGACCAGAAUGGGCUUCGGGUUGGCGAUUGCGCCGAAGUUUAUGCACCUCGUCAUCCAGUGGAUCACUCGCCAUCGCCCAGAAGUCGACAACUAUGUUGAUGAUAUCCGAGCUCCAGCAGAAGUGACUCAGUGUGUUGCCGACGAGCUUGCAGCCUAUGGACUCCCAACGAAGCCUGCCGAACCCAUGGAGGAGUCCCGUGUUCUUGGUAUGCAACUGAAGGCUAAUGCCGAUGGCGCCAUGGGCUGGUCCAGGAGAGAGAUCGAUCUAGAGCCACCACCUAAGAUGACAAGACGCAAGGUCUUCUCGUGGUGUGGACGCCUUAUUGGCCACUACCCGGUCUGUUCGUGGCUCAGGCCUGCUUGCAGUUACCUGAAGCGGCUGGCGACUGCUGCAGGUGGCAAUGGAUGGGACGAUCCACUGCCGGAAACCCUUGUUGAAUGCUGCCAAGAGCUGUUCGCGAGGCUCUCCUCCGACGAUCCGGUGCAUGGUCAGUGGGACGUGCACGCGCAGGCUGACUCCACCUGGACUGCGUGGUGCGAUGCAUCUGGCCUAGCUAUUGGUGUCGUUCUUGAGCUCGACGGGACCGUUGUGGAAGAUGCAUCAUGGCUUCGGCCUGCAGGGGACAAGCUCCAUGUAAAUGUUGCUGAGCUUGACUCUGCCAUUAAGGCCCUCACGCUAGCCACGAGGUGGAACGCGACGCAUGUGGUUCUGAAGACUGACUCGAAAACUACUGCGGGAUGGCUGGCUCCGGUUGUUGGUGGGUCACGUCGCGUCCGGGUUGGUGGUCUGCAUGAGGUUCUGGUGCAGCGUCGGCUGCAGAUAGUCAAUGAUCUUCUUAGCAUGACGAAGAUGCAGGUGACUGUGGAGUGGGUGCCAACGACUGAAAACCUUGCAGACAAGCUGACGCGCGUGCCGUUCAACUGGCCGAAGAAGAGCUCUGAUGUUGUGGCCAGUCUGCCGAGGGCUGUGGCUGUUAGCCCUGUCUCUAGCAAUGAGUUGGGCAAAGCCCAGGCAUCGGACGAGGUCAUCCAAGGAGUGAUUCAGCAGAUUCAAGUUGGCCAGCCAGUAGCAAGUCGGCGCUUCCGCAGUUGCGCCGGUCAGCUUCAUGUGGAGGAAGGCCGCCUAGUCCGGAGCCUGAAGCUGCCUGUGGAAGGGGAAGUCAACGUGCCAGUCGUUCCCGAGUUGUUAGUGCCUGAUGUCGUGACCGCUGCUCAUGUCAACACUGGUCAUGCUUCCUGGCAGCCAAUGUAUGAGUUGCUCCGCAAGCACUGCUACUUUCCUGAGAUGGCGUCUGCCUGCCAAGACCACGUCAAGGGGUGCCAGAACUGCCAAGCCGCUAGUCCAGCAAAAGGCCCAGCAGCCCCCAGCGCCAGAGCAGAGAUCCCAGGUCGACCAUGGGGAACAGUGCAAAUGGACACCCUGGAGCUUGGGCUGAACCGUGGCGGGACACACCACUGCGUGCUCGUGUGCGUGGAUGUGCUGACAAAGUGGGUGGAAAUAGUGCCAAUGAAACGGCACGACGGGCCCAGUGUUGCCUCGGCCUUCGUGAGCUUGUGCUGUAGGUGGGGACCACCAGACGUCAUCCGUGUGGACAAUGGGACUGAGUUCAGCAAUGCCAUUGUCCAGUCUGUCUUUCAAGUGUUCGGCGUGAGGGUGAAGACAGGUGCCGUUCGCCAUCCGCAAUCCCAGGGAGCCGCCGAGAGGUACAAUCGGACAUUGCUGACUCUCAUCAGGAAGGUCCUCGACGAAUCAUCGGACUGGAUGGACGAUCUUCAGAUGCUGGUCCACUUCUACCGCUCUCGACCGCAUUCAGUGACUGGCAUGUCCCCAAUGAUGGCCAUGGUUGGGUGGGACCCACCUGUGUUGAUUGACGAUGGACGCCCUAGGUACGACUUUGACACGUGGCAAGCAGAACACGCAGCACGAUCUGCUAGGAUCCGAGACCUUCUGGAAGACGCCAUGUCGGAAGGCGACUGCCAUGACGAGGUGCUGCCCUGCGCUUACCAGGCUGGAGAUGCAGUCAUGCUGCGGAUGCCUAGUCGUCGUCAGAAGCGAUUGCCGCCUUUUGAAUCCGGCUAG